GUGACGAUAUCGACUCCACCCAGGUUAAUCAUAAUACAUGCAGAUGAUAUCAUAUUUUGAUCAGUUUAUUUAUGUACACCAUGGCUAGUACAAAACGCAACGGUCUAUUGACUAAUAUAUUCAGUGGUACUGGUAAGAAAAGCUUCAAAGUGCGAACACUGCAAGCAGAGUUUGACAUGAAACCGGCAUCGAGCGAUAAGUCCGCAAUGCCAGCUAUCGUGGAAGACGGAGCCGUGGUCAGUAACGGCGUCACAACGAACGGCUACGUCGACAAUAACCGAUUUCCAGUCAAGCACCCGAAAAGGAAAGUAUUUUUCGUCACCGAGAACGACCGAAACGAAGACGAAGACGAGAGCAGAACUUUGCGUUUCGUCGGGAAGCGGGGAUUGAAUUCCACACAAGACGAAGAAGAUAUCGUUAGUAGGAACGGUACAGUUCGGGGCGUCAGGAACCGUGUGCGUGUCGGUGUUUCACAGUUUGAGUUCAGACCGCUGCAUACCUCUUCCAGACAGCGAGCAAGAAAAGAAGAAAUUGGAAAAAUCAUUGUUUACACAACUAGCAUGAGUAUUAUCAGAGACACUUAUGAAAAAUGCAGAUUUGUCAAAAGAUUGUUUCAAAAUCAUCGAGUAAAAUUUGAGGAAAGAGACAUAUAUUUGAACAAAAAUAACCAGCAGGACUUACAGGAGAGACUUGGACCGGAUCAGCCGCUCGUCGUGCCGCAGGUGGUUAUUGACGGAGAAAUCAUUGGGAACCUUGAAAACUUAGAACAAUUGAAUGAAACUGGAGAGUUGAGGCGAAUUUUGUCCCGAUUUGAGAAAUGCAUCCCAACAACUCAAUGUGACUUGUGUGGUGGAUUCCGUAUGGUUCCAUGCACUGUGUGCAGUGGCAGCAAAAAAUCCCAACAUCGUAACAGCUUUACUUAUGAUUUCCAUGCGCUCAAAUGUACCGCUUGUGAUGAAAAUGGACUUCAGAACUGUGAAGAGUGUGGAGAGAACUAAAAACAAACACACAUACUUGACUGUGAUGUCAUUACUUAAAUAAAGUAUGAUUUUAUUGCUAUGAAGAUGUGGUUGUUGAGGAUGAACUUAUGACAACAUGCAAUCAAUGCUAUCAUCACUUAUUAGACCUUGCAUACUUCCCGUAAUAUAAGGAAGUUGGAUGAAAUCAAGACCGAACAAUUGUGAUGUUUAUAUAUAACAGAGAUGAGAAAAAAUGCUAAAAUAACUUUAUUCAGAUAGUAUUCUAUUAUAUAUACACAACAUUCAGUUUAUUUUGUUUGCUCCACUUUGUUGUUGAAUUUUUACCUCCUGUAUGUGUUACUAGAGUUGCACCGUAAUUUUUUUUCAA